AUGACAUCGGAGGAGAAGCCGGCGGUGAGAAGCGCUGAUAUGUCGGUCGCGAUGCAAGCCGUGGCUCUAGAAGUGGGGGCCGAAGCGGUGACCAAAUAUACUGUUGAGCGCGAGAUCGCCGCUCACAUUAAGAAGGACUUCGAUCGUCGAUACGGCCCGACCUGGCAUUGCAUCGUCGGCCGCAACUACGGCUCGUUUGUAACGCACAUCCAAAACAAUUUCAUUUACUAUUAUAUUGAGAAACUGGCCAUCUUGCUCUUUAAGGCAGGUUAA